UUGCUGCUUGUAGCAUCUAUUGGCAUAUUCGGCAGCAAUCAGCAGCAGCUUUUAGUGAUAUGUAUUCUGUGCUAUAUAUGUACGAAAGUUGAUUCGAAUCACGCUCAAAGCUCGAUUAUCAACACCGAAAGUUAGCCUCUUAAGGAUAACUAAGGAUCAAUCGUGGCUGUUUUAUAGCGUCAUCCUAAUUCUCGUAAAUAAAAACAAGACAGUGAACAGACCUAUUGAGAGUCGAAACCUCAGACCUCGACCCAAAGAGGCUCGGCUAGUGCAAAUUUAAGGCGGCUGUUUGCUUUUCUCGAUACCGCUCUCCGUUAUUAUUCCCAGUGUUCUUAUUCUUUAUCUGUCGCGUAUGGUGAAAAUAGUUGUGUUAAAAGGUACACCAUUACUCUGUGAAUGUUAGUUACUAGUUAUAGAAUUUGUAUUCUAAUUGUUUUAGCACCGAAUAAAUGAUCUACAAUCAAUGUUCAUAACAGUGUAAAUAAAUACUAUCAAACAAUUUUCAAUACCAAAAUAUUUUACUUCAGGAACUAAAUAUUGCGGAAGUGGAGAAUAGUGUCGCAUUGAGUGCAAAAACGAAGAGUGAUAACUAUGAAAUCAGACAUUGAUUGAAGUAAAUAGAAAGAAGUUUGUCAAAUCUGUAGUUCAUUUAAAGUGACUUAUUUUAUUUAAUUAAUCCUGUGAGAAUCGAGAAAAGCAUCGAGUAACUACGCUAGCAGGUUCUCGAGUUGCUUCAAACUUGCUAUUUUCAUGACCUAAUCAUCUGUCGAUUAGCCACUCCAAGUCAUGGCCGUCAAUCCCAGAGACAUGGAUGGCUUUAUGCCACUUUUGUCAACUACAGAUAUCAAGAAAAAGCUUCAAGUUGGUGUUCAACUUCUGAAUUUUCUAGCAGAUCCAUUUAAAAGUAUUGAAUGCCAAGAUAUAGGCCUUUUUAUAGACAAUCUUGUGCCUUGGCUCAAUAGCAGCAAUCCUAAGGUCGUUCAAAAUGGUCUGGAUGCACUCACAUACUUGGCGGACCGAAUGGGACAUGAUUUCAGGCCGUACAUUUCAACUAUUAUUCAACCAACAAUAGACAGGCUAGGUGACAACAAAGAUGCGACGAGAGAAAAGGCGCAGCUUAUGCUUUUGAAAAUUUUAGAGAGGGGAAGCAUGUCUCCUCAACACUUACUAGACAAACUUCAACCAUCAUUUUCGCACAAAAACGCAAAGCUACGGGAAGAAGCGCUAAUCCUUUUAACAACGACACUAAACGAACACGGUGCCGACGAAAUGGCUCUUUCUGGUGCUAUUCCCAGCAUUGUUAAACUGUUGUCUGAUCCAACCGAGAAAGUUAGAGAGACAGCUAUGAACACUUUAACGGAUAUCUAUCGACAUGUUGGGGACAGGUUGCGAGUAGAUUUACAGAGAAAGCACAAUGUACCACAAGCAAAAUUAGCGCUAUUAGUGGAGAAGUUCGAUCAGUUACGUGCAUCCGGUGAUAUGUUGCCUCAAGCGCGCUCUGCUGAUGUUGGUAAAGAACCUGACGAACCCGAUAGAGUAACAAAGUCAGCCUUAGUGAAACGAACACAAAGUUUGUUACAAAAGAAAAGCCAAUUUGGCCCUGCCAAACCUUCAUCGGUGCCUCAAGCUCAAAGUGUCAGUUCGAACUCAAUGGCCAUUCCUAGAGGAUCUUCAUGCAAAAGAAUUCCAUCUUUUAAAACACCGACGGUUUCAGGUCAAGCUGGGGCUGUUGAUGAAGAAACAUUCAUAAUGGCUUUUGAAGAUGUGCCCACGGUCAAUAUAUUUACGAAUAAAGAUCUUGAAGAUCAUAUGAGAAACAUCAAAGAUAUUGUCGGUGAUGACAAGAAAGAUUGGAAACAAAGGACUGAUAGUAUGAAAAAAUUGCGAGGUGUUAUAAUCGCAGGUGGUAUGAGCUAUGACUCUUUUUUUCCUUGUUUAAAAGAUCUGCAGAGAGCAUUUGAAAUUGCUUGUACGGAUCUGCGGUCACAAGUAGUCCGAGAAGUUUGCAUUACUUUAGCUUAUCUUAGUACACAGCUUAAAAAUAAAUUCGCAUCUUUUGGAGAAGCUGUUCUACCAACUCUUAUGAAUCUCAUUCAAAAUAGUGCAAAGGUCGUAGCAACCGCAGGUUCAGUAGCGUUACGAUUUAUACUUCAAAGUACCUAUAGUAGCCGUUUUAUUCCUAUCAUUGUAACAUCAUUAAACAACAAGAGUAAGGAUAUAAGACGAGCAACCUGCGAAUAUUUACAUUUAAUUUUAACAUCAUGGCAAACGUCUUUAUUGCAAAAGCACGUUGGCAUAUUACAAGAUGCAAUAAAAAAAGGCAUGGCUGAUUCUGAUUCUGAAGCUAGAGCUUUCGCGCGAAAGUCGUACUGGGCAUUUAAAGAACAUUUUCCUGAACAAGCUGAAGCUCUUUUAAAUAGCCUAGAUGCAACUUACAAACGAUCGCUCAUGUCUCUCAGUAACAGUGGCAGCAUAAAUAGUCUUAAUUUCGUGACAAAAUCAACCAACAUUAGUCCUCGUGUACCUCGACCAGUAAUAAGUAAUACAGGUCGAGUUUCACCCGGUGUUCGAUCUACAAGCGCUAUAGAUCUUCAAGCUGCUCAAAGAGCUAAUGCACGAAUGAAGUAUGCCUACUUGAAUAGACAAAAAGUCACCCUUCCUCGACCUAAUAAAUCACCGGAAGCGAGUUCAAUAGCCAGUCCAGAAAGGAUUGCUCGCACGAGAACGCGAAUCUCUGGUGUUUCGCAAUCACAGCCAAGCAGCAGGUCAGGUUCACCCUCUUCACGUUUAAGCUACGCAACUUACAACAGAGACAGUCCGGGAGAAUCUCUUAUUCCGAGAUCAAAAGUAUUAACAGAUCAUGGAAUGCGGAGUUCUGGCAACAGUCGAGAACCAAGUCCUCAGCGCUUUGGUUAUGAUAGAAACAGUUUUGGAAAAAUUAGGAGUAGAAACAUACACAUGUCACCAUCAGAUAGACCACCUUCACGAUGUGUGAUGGCGCAAAAAAUGCUUCAACAGUCGCGAGAAGCAGAAUCUGCUCUAGCAGAUGCUCUUACGUUUGAUAGUAUUGAUAGCUAUACAAGAACUCCAAAAGGUAAAGGAGACCAUAGCGAUGACAGUGAAACUAGCAGCAUUUGUUCAGAGCGCAGUCACGAUAGCUUUCGCAGACCCAGUGAUUCAUUCUCGUGGAGUGGUUCCCAACAAAGACUUUGUCGGGAUCUGUGGGAUCAAUCGAACCCUAAGGAUAUUAAAGAAAUUAUUGAAAACUGUAGUCAUAAACAUUGGGCUGAUCGAAAAGAAGGUUUACUGGGAUUACAACACUUUUUAGCCAAUGGUUACACAUUGAAUGCGACGGAGUUACGCAAAAUCACAGAUAUAUUUGCAAAAAUGUUUAUGGAUUCUCAUACAAAAGUGUUUAGUUUGUUUCUCGAUACAUUGAAUGAAUUAAUUCAAACGCAUUGUGAAGAUCUUGGAGAUUGGUUGUAUAUACUAUGCACACGAUUACUAAAUAAGUUAGGAACAGAUCUACUUGGUUCGAUACAAACUAAAAUUUACAAGACCCUAGAAGUUGUGAGAGAUUGUUUUCCUGGAGAACAACUUUUACCCGCAGUAAUGAGGUUUUUAACAAAUCCUACUCAAACUCCAAACUCUCGUGUCAAAGUUGCUACAUUGACGUUCAUCACGCAAAUAACUGAAAUUGCUGAACCGUCCGCUUUAAAUCAUUCUGCCACCCCAGGCGUCGUAAAGCUGUUAGAUUGGACUAACGAUGUUAAAAGUCAAGAUGUCAGAAGACACGCUCAAAAUGCCGUUAUAUCGCUCUAUAAUUUAAAUUUAUCGCAAUUCACAAUGAUUCUCUCGUCCCUGCCUAAAUAUUAUCAGGAAACUGCGCUGCCGCUAAUCCAAAGUCGCCUGAAAAGAUCUACUACAAGUACACCUGCUUCCCCCGGAACUCCACCGCCAAGAAUACCUCAUUCACCAGCCCGAAUAAAACUUAAACCAGAUAGUGAAAAUGCAGAUGACAGUUUAAAUCCCGAAGAAGUAUACAGGUCUUUGCGUCGUACCACAGCAGAAAUUCAGAAUUAUGGUUUCGAACGUUUAGAAAAAGCAACUACGAGUAAGGACAGUGGAAUAAGCAACAUGGCUGAUGUUGAAGAAAGGCUGGAAGGUCUGACGCUGUCUAAUUCUGGACGAUCCUCUUCAGUUUCAUCACCAACACAGCGUGGAAAGGUUACUACAAAUGUCGCAGUUAACGGUUCAACAGAUACAAUUGCUGGAGAUCUCAUACUACCCCAAGAAAAUAAUGGUUAUAAAGCUCACGGGUCUGUGCCAGACUCAAUAAGAGGGCCAGAAGUUUUAGACAACACAUUAAAAAUUCUGCAGGCAGAAGAAUCACAAAUUUCUGAAAAAGUAGCUGCGUUACAAGAAUUUCAAUUGUUUGUGCGAGAUGGCGAUGCUCUAUAUAUAAAACAACACUUCAGAAAACUGCUGAAAACCUUAAUCGGAAGUUUAGCAAGUGAAAAUAAAGAAAUGCAAAUUGAAGUACUACAAUGUCUUAUUGACAUGUUGAAAUGUCCUGAAUUAGCUGAUAGCUUUUCUUUUUAUGCUGAGUUACUAGUACUGAAAGUAGUUCGAGCUCAUAAGUUUGAUGAUCAAAAAAGUGAAUCGAAUAGUGGCGGUAACAGCAGUAGAACUACGGUUCUAAGAAUGGCUGAAAAAUGCGCAGCGACAGUAGCUGUAAUUUUACCACCCGAGCAAACAAUAAGAUUCGCUACUUCAAUGAUGACUACAGAAUCGUACCCGCAGAAUAUGGGAGCUAUCAAAAUGUUGCACAAAGUAGUUGAGCAUUAUGGACGUAAAGCAAUUGAACCGCAUCUGGAAAAAGUUAUGCCGGGUUUAUUAACGGCUUAUGAUGACGCAGAAUCAACAGUUAGAAAGAGUGCAGUAUUUUGUAUGGUAGCAAUCCAUGCAGCUGUAGGCGAAGAUGCUCUUAAACCCUACUUGAGCUCUCUUUAUGGUAGCAAACUGAAGUUACUAAACAUUUACAUUCAAAGAGCACAACAACCUAACAGUCAACCUGCAAGUCCACGCAGUGGUAGUGUGAAAAAUUAAUUUAAUUCUAAAUGACUGGUUGUCGAAAUUCCAGCAGGAUCGUUUCAACCUUUAGAUUAGAUAUCGUGAAAGAAUUUACACAAAUUAUCGUUUGGCAAAGAUAUUUGCACUUUCAGUAAAUGAGCGUGUCUGAGUCUUGGUUUUUUACUCAUGGAAUAUGAAACUCUAAUUAGUUUGCUUACUGCUACUUUGAUAACAAUAGAUCUACAACUAAUUUUUGUUUAUUCGGUUUGCAGUAGCAAAUGCCAAAUUGUAAUUCAAAAACUUUUGACGUGAGUUUAAAUUGGAAAACUUUUGAGCUUCCUAUAUUUAUCUAAUGUUACUGGUGGUGGUCAUUUUUGGUCUUACAACUUGUAAGCAUUCGCUUUGAUCAUUGUUUUUUUGUUCUCAAUGAACAAUUGUUUGUACAUAUAUAUAUGUUAAUUUGUGGAUUUUUAUAUCAACUUUGAGCGCAUUCUGUUUUGAUCAAUCGGUGCUUAAGUAUUGUAUACAUUCAAAAGCAAUAAAGAAGAUUCAUUUGUAUUAAUCGCUUACGAAUAUCAUCUUAUGACGUGUCAAAGCAACAUUUAGAAAAUAUAAAUUUUAUAAAUUUAAAAAAGAUGGAAUCGUGUAGUACUUAUAACAAUAAUUACAUA